AUGCGCUCCGUAGGGGCGGAUACAGCGGCCCAGAUGGGUCGGGGAAACAGGAUUGUCGCCGAAGAUGAACAGGAUUACGAAGUCGUUUUGCCGCAGUUGCCUACAGGUGCGUGUGUUAUGAAUACUGUUUUUCUACACGGAGAUAUCAAGGCAAGGCCGUAUCGUGUUGAAGACGUCCGUGACACUUUGGUUAGUCUGGGUAUGUUGCCUGAGGUACUCGCCUUAGGCGCUUUCCAGAUGAACCACGUCUGGGCCGUGACUUUCAGUACGGCGCAAGCCACGAAAAAGAUGCUAGCACUUGGUGACGUAAAGAUAAAGGAAAGGCGCUGCCUCGUUAUCGACCCGAACAAGCAGGAUGUCCGGCUAAAGCUUUAUUGGCUUCUGCAUAAUGUACCGGAUGAAGAUGUGCGCACCGCACUCGCAAACUAUGGAAGAGUGACAGAAGUAUCAAAGGAACGUUGGCGCGUCCAAGGUAUCGCCGAUAAAGGAACCUCCACCAGGACUGUCACCCUGCAAUUAAAAGCGGGCUUGACAGUCGAAGACCUACCACACCAGCUCCGAGUGGGCGGCAUAACAACGCUUUUGGUUGUGCCAGGACGAGCACCGCUCUGCUUACGAUGUCGACGAACGGGACAUAUACGCCGGGACUGUCGCAUACCCCGGUGUGGUCGGUGCAGACGCUAUGGUCACGAAGACAGCGAGUGUGUCCAAACAUACGCCAGUGUGGCCGGGCCUGUGGCUGGCGACCAUCUCACGGAGCACAUAAUGGACCAAGCUGAUGCAGAAGAAGCAGCGGAAAGCAGAAAUCGGGGUCUCGUAUUCACGCCCCUUUCUAAGGGCCCGAAGGACGAAGGAAGCGAAGCGGCUCAGGCUGAACAAACGGGUCAACAGACCAACAGCGUGAGCUCUAUAGCGCGGGACCAAAGCGACAACGAAAAUGAGCAAGGUAUUGGGUCGUCGACUGGACAACCUGAAGAUAUGGACGUCACAAGAGCGGGGACAAGCGCAAAGCGAACGCUUGAAGAUGUCAGCAACGAGGACGCAGAACCAGAGAGGACAACAGGAGGUGAGCCGGCAACGAAAGCGGCAACGCUCAGGCGACCCAGCUUGAGGUUCAAGCCGAACAUCGCUGCGGGCACACGUCCGCCGCCGAAGCCACCCUCGUAGCCACGGGGGAAGACAGUCAACGAGGGACCUAAAUCCAUAGGCGCUCAAGGACAUAGCGAAUAUGGCUUCAUCAUUAUGUGACGC